AUGUCAGAGUACCAGCGCAUGUCAAUGGAUGCUUUGGAGUCUGUUAGGAAAACGCUUGCCAACGAGUCUGAAGCAGUUGCUGGGCUCAGCAGGCAAUACGAAACUGAUCAUUUCUCAAAGGUGAAUUUGGCUAACGCAUUAAAGAUCUUUUAUGAAACACAUUUGAAGGGAGGUAAAAUAGUGUGUUGUGGCAUUGGCAAAUCGUUCAAAAUCGCCACCAAAACAGUGGCCACGUUGAAAUCUUUAUCUAUCAACGCUGACGUUCUACAUCCUUCUGAGGCGCUCCACGGGGACCUCGGCUUGUUGAGAGACCGUGAUUGUCUUGUCUUCUUCACCGCCAGUGGCAACACACCAGAGCUUCUUCAGCUCUUGCCUCACCUCUCUCCAUACCUUUCUAUAGUGCUCUUGACAUGCUCCAAGAGCUCGAAGUUGUCAGACCAUCCACAAGUCCAGGCCUUGUUGUACGCUGAACUAGCUCCUCACUUGAAGGAGGAUAUAGUGCAUGGGCUUCCUGCCCCCACCAUUUCGACAACUUUGUCUCUUAUCUUGGCCGAUGCAGCCGUACUUGCGUUGUCUGAAAUGAUUGAAAAGGACGAAAACAAGAGAAGGAAGCUCUUUUCCAUGAAGCACCCUGGUGGUUCCAUUGGCUCUGACUUGAGUCACUUGAAUGACAACUUUACCAAGCUCGGUCUUAAUCCAGCGUCCUCAACAUCAAGCACGACAACGCACACCGAGAGUUACUGCUCUCUUUUGUCACUUGACAAAUCAUUCAACUAUCCAUCUCCACAAGAGCGCCGCUCAGAGAACUCAUCAUUAGACAGUUCCGACAGCGAGGAGUUACCCGAGGUCAAGCCCAAGAUAGACAAUGAAUUGUCUUCCCUCAUAAAGAACGCUUCUCCUGAUCAGGUAUUGAGCGUGAAGCAGAAUGUGAUCUCGACUUGGACAGAGUACGAACUUUUGAAGAAUGCCUCGCUUUACGAGUUCAUCACUUUUCUGACUGACAAAGCUUCGUUUGGCCUGACGAGCGAAGACAUCCGGAACUUCUACAAGUCACUCUUCAGAAGCGGCGGAUUGUCAGGAAUGGAGCAAUUGAUUCCCAUAUUCAAAAUGAUUCACCUUUAA